GCGUAGCUCCCCUCUGCCGCCGCCGGGAGACGGUUGAAGGGACCGUUUGUGGAGGGCGCACGCAGCGCGAGACUAGCGGCCGCCCCCGACCUCGCGCCUCCUGCCGCCGGAGCCCGCCCGCCCGCUAGCCCGGGUGUCUGAGCAUUUAAAUCAAACGGUUUUGAAAUGGAUUGGGUUAUGAAACAUAAUGGUCCAAAUGAUGCAGCUAGUGAUGGAACAGUACGACUUCGUGGACUCCCAUUUGGUUGCAGCAAAGAGGAAAUAGUUCAGUUCUUUACAGGGUUGGAAAUCGUGCCAAAUGGGAUAACAUUGACGAUGGACUACCAGGGGAGAAGCACAGGGGAGGCCUUCGUGCAGUUUGCUUCAAAGGAGAUAGCAGAAAAUGCUCUGGGGAAACACAAGGAAAGAAUAGGGCACAGGUAUAUCGAGAUCUUCAAAAGUAGCAGAAGUGAAAUAAAAGGAUUUUAUGACCCACCAAGAAGAUUGCUGGGACAGCGACCUGGACCAUAUGAUAGACCAUUAGGAGGAAGAGGGGGUUAUUAUGGAGCUGGGCGUGGAAGUAUGUAUGACAGAAUGCGGCGAGGAGGUGAUGGAUAUGAUGGUGGUUAUGGUGGUUUUGAUGAUUAUGGUGGCUAUAACAAUUAUGGCUACGGAAAUGAUGGAUUUGAUGACAGAAUGAGAGAUGGCCGAGGCAUGGGGGGACAUGGAUAUGGUGGUGCUGGUGAUGCAAGUUCAGGUUUUCAUGGUGGUCAUUUUGUUCACAUGAGAGGGUUGCCUUUUCGGGCAACUGAAAAUGAUAUUGCUAAUUUUUUCUCGCCCCUAAACCCAAUUCGAGUUCAUAUUGAUAUUGGAGCAGAUGGUAGAGCAACAGGAGAAGCAGAUGUGGAAUUUGUGACGCAUGAAGACGCUGUUGCUGCCAUGUCCAAAGAUAAGAAUAACAUGCAACAUAGAUAUAUUGAACUGUUCCUGAAUUCUACUGCUGGAGGAGGCUCUGGAAUGGGAGGUUCUGGAAUGGGAGGCUACGGCAGAGAUGGAAUGGAUAAUCAAGGAGGUUAUGGUUCUGUUGGAAGAAUGGGAAUGGGUAGCAGUUACAGUGGAGGCUAUGGUACUCCUGAUGGUUUGGGAGGCUAUGGUCGUGGAGGUGGAGGCAGUGGCGGAUACUAUGGGCAAGGAGGUAUGAGUGGAGGUGGAUGGCGUGGGAUGUACUAAAGAGUUAACCCUUCUACAACACAUCCUGGCAAACCGCAGCAUCUGGUCUACUAGACUUUCUUACAGAUUUAAUUUCUUUUGUAUUUUAAGAACUUUAUAAUGACUGAAGGAAUGUGUUUUCAAAAUAUUAUUUGGUAAGCAACAGAUUGUGAUGGGAAAAUCUGUUUCUGUAGGUUUUAUUUGUUGCAUACUUUGACUUAAAAUAAAUUUUUAUAUUCAAA